UGAAGGAGGCGAUGGCUCGAGCAAGGUGCAGCGCGUGCCGAUGCGCGCGUCGGAGAUACUGGCGCGCUGCGCGGCGACGAACGUGAAGGCAGGGAUGAGCGAGGGCGAGCUGGACAUGUUCUGGACGAGGGAGGAGAGCGAGAGGUGGGACGGGGGUAACGCGACGCUCAUCCGGAACGCGACGAUCUGGACCGGUGCACGCUCCGGCACGGAAGUUGUCUACGGUGAUCUGCUUCUCUCAAAGGGCAUCGUCAAGGGCAUCGGACACAUCCCUCGCUCCAAGCUCGCGAAGUUCAAUAUCCCACCUGCUCUUGCGGUAGAACACAACUUCAACCAGUCGUACUCGAAGUCCAGGGAAAAUCUUACAAUCGUCGACGCCAACGGACGCUGGCUCACACCUGGUCUCUUCGACUUGCACUCGCACAUUGGACUGCUUGCAGCGCCUCACCUCGCCGGCGCCUUUGACGUCAACUCACCCAACGGGCCCGUCCUGCCCUUCCUUCGCUCUCUGGACGGGCUUAACACGCACGACGACGCGCGCGCGCUCGCCCUCGCUGGUGGCGUCACCUCCGGACUCGUCCUACCCGGAUCGGGGAAUGCGAUUGGUGGGCAGGCUGUCGUCGUCAAGUGGCGUAAGCGCCGAGGCUUGGGCCCGAGCGCGAUGGUCGUUGAGCCCCCGGCGGAACUGCACGUCAACGGAUCCCAUGCAAGACACUACACGAACAGCACGCCGUGGAGACACAUGAAGCAGGCAUGCGGGGAGAACCUACGCAAGUAUGGGACGCGCAUGGAUUCGAUCUGGUCUUUCCGUGCCGCUUAUGGCGAGGCACGGAAGAUCAAGCAGGCCCAGGACGAUUACUGUGCCGCGGCCGCGGCCGGGCUGUGGAACGUCAUCGAAGGCAAGGAAUUCCCGGAGAGUUUGCAGUGGGAGAUGCUCGUCGACGUGCUGCGAGGGAGGGUGAAGAUUAACAAUCACUGCUAUGAAGCUGUCGACCUUGAUGAUAUCGUCCGCCUGACGAACGAGUUCGAGUUCCCGCUCGCGGCGUUUCAUCACGCAUCCGAGGCGUGGCUGGUGCCUGAUCUCCUGAAACAGACAUACGGCGGUCCACCCGCGGUCGCAAUCUUCGCGACCAACCACCGCUACAAGCGCGAAAGCUACCGCGGUUCUGAAUUUGCGCCGCGCGUGCUGGCUGACAACGGGAUAGCCGUCGUCAUGAAGUCUGACCACCCGGUAAUCAAGAGCCGCUACCUCGUACACGAGGCUCAGCAGGCGUACCAUUUUGGACUCGCGCCGAACCUCGCGCUCGCGAGCGUGACCUCUACGCCAGCGAGCGCCGCAGGGCUCGCGCACCGCCUCGGCGUGCUGCGCGAGGGCGCGGACGCGGACGUCGUGCUCUGGGACGCACAUCCACUCCAGAUCGGCGCGGUGCCGUUGGGAGUGUGGGUGGACGGCGUGCGGGAGGUGCCAGCGCGGGAGGAGGACGGGGGAGUGGGAUGGGUGAACGAUUGGGUGGGCAAUGAUGGGGACGCGGAUGUGGAAGGGGAGAGGCAGAGGGUGCCGAGUGUCCCGGACUAUGAUAAGGAGAGGGAGGAAGCGAUUCGAUGGGAGGGCUUGCAGCCGCUUGCGCCGAAGCAGGAGGCGGGCACCGUGGUGUUCAGAAACGUGGGCGAGAUCUGGCUGAGAGAGGAGGGACGUGUUGAGAAGAGGGACGUGGGGGGAGCGGUGGUCGUCGUUGCGAACGGGAGCGUGGUGUGUACAGGCUCGUGCACGGCCUUCGUCCAGGAGGCGGACGCGAUGGUCGACCUAAGAGGCGGCGCGAUCGCGCCCGCUUUCACGGCAUUCGGAUCUCCCCUUGGCCUCGAAGAGAUCCAAGGCGAGCCCAGCACGGGCGACGGUGCGCUGUAUGACCCGUUCAUGGCAGACGUACCGGCGGUAAUGGGCGACGUCGCAGGCGUCCUCCGUGCCGCCGACGCGCUACAGUUUGGCACACGGAACGCUUUAACUGCCCACAUCUCUGGAGUGACCAAGGCCGUUUCGUCCCUCACCAAGCGCACUCUCUUCGCCGGCGCGCUGUCGCUGACGCCCUCUGUGUCGGUCGCGUUCCGCACGGGCGCGUCCGGCGCACUCGAGCGGGGUGCGGUGCUAAACGAGGCGACGGCAUUGCAUGUGACGAUACAAAGGGCGGCACCGUAUGCAUCCGGCGCGGCGAGCGUGAGCGCGCAGGUGGCGGCGCUGAGGCGGCUCCUGUUGGGUGGAGAGGAGCGGGGUGAAACGGGGCUGUGGUUCCGGCAGGCGGCUGAGGGACGCAUCCCGCUCGUUGUCGACGUGGGCUCGGCGGACGUGAUGGCAACGUUACUACGACUGAAGGACGAGGUGGAAGAGAAGAGGGGCUCGAUGAUUAGGAUGGUGUUCGCUCGAGCGACCGAGGCUCAUCUGAUCGCGGACCGAUUGGCGGAGGCGAAAGUGGGCGUGAUACUCGUGCCAUGGAGGCAGUAUCCUGAGACUUGGGACGACCGCCGAAUUCUCCCCGGCCCACCUCUGACAAACGCGACGGUGCUGAAGACGCUCCUCGACGCGGGCGUGACCGUCGGCAUCGCGCCAGGCGACGCGUGGCAGGCACGUAACACGCGCUUUGAAGCGGCGUGGGCGGCGCUCGAGGUAGGUGAGGAGCGGGCAGUGGAGCUUGUCAGCGCGAAUCUGGACGACCUGCUGGGCGUCUGGGAUGGGAUUGCAGAGGAGCAGAGGACAUGCGAGUGGGUCGCGUAUGAGGGAGGGGGCGUGCUAGAUUUUGCGAGUAAGCCCGUCGCGGUGGUGUCGCCCGAGAGAGGGGUGGUGGAUCUGUUCUGAAAGGAUGUGUAUGUGAUUUCCGUGCGCACAUAUGUAGGGUAUCGUCUGUGCGCAUAUAUGCAUGUUUUUGUCGCGC